GAUGAAACGAUGACCACGCAGGGUCAAAGCAUUGGUUUCGCAUUUGUGGUCAUGGUGGAGGAGGAGGAGGAAAAAAGUGUCAUGGAUGGCGAAUGUUGUCAGGGUGUUGAGGUCUAUAGUGGACCCGUGCGGAAGCCAUCCGCAAGCGGAGCCGAAGCAGAGGGAGCAAAGAACUGGAUCUGGGCAAAAGACACGUGCAAAGAAAACUGGGAUUUGGGGACCAAGAGGCGAACGGGCGGGUUCGGUUCAUGAUCGAGUAUCUAGUGCUCGGCAGUGGCACGGGCCUUGGAUCGAGAAGAGAGUGCGACGCAACCGGCAAUGAUCAGGGUAGCAACGGCAACACCACCAACAAGGAUGCCGUUGAGGAUAGCGGGACUCUCGACGGGAGUGUUGAUGGGGCCAAUGACGGCACCUUGGUUGGUGUUGGUGACGUUGACGUGGGAGCCGGCGGUGGGAGUGCUGGUCUGGGAGCCGGAGAUGGAGGCAGCCGAGACCGAGGCAGAGCCAGAGAGGGCAGCCGAAGCAGAAGCAGAAGCAGAGACGGCGACAGUAGCCGAAGCGGAGACAGAGGCCGAGACAGCCGAGGCGCCAGAGGCAGCGACCGAGCCAGAGACAACGGCAGCAGAGGAGGCGGCAGAAGUAACCAGAGCGGUAGCGCUGGCGGAAGCAGCGUCGGUGGUCGCGGCGACGCUAUCGGUGGCAGUUGGCUCGACAGAGGGAGCAUCAGUGCUGGCGGUCCAGCCACUCCAGUGCGGGAGGGCGUUGGCAGCAGAGAUGGCGGCAACGACAAAGAGGAGCUUCUGGAUGGCAACCAUGUUUGUGGAGUGUUGGAGGGUCGAAGGCAGAAUAGAAGAGCACGGCAACAGGACAGGGAGGAGCAGCGGCGAUCGCAGACGGGCUUUAUAUCGAGAGGUCGUGCGCAAUCCCGGCCGGCAGCAAGAUGGACGCCGAUGCGACGACUCAGAACGACACCGCCGUCCCGCAUGCUGAUUUGCCAGAGGAGCACCGCGAGGCGGCGGUCUGUGUAUCCUCGCCGGGCUCGUGCAUUCGCCGCGCAACGCA